AUGCGUGCAAUGACAGGAGAUGAUAUGACUCGCCUCCCUAGUCUCAUUGGUCUCUUGAUACGCCCUAUCGUUCUCGUUGGGGGCGUUGGCCACACAUACACUGCUCGCGAUGAACAUGGCGUCCUUGUGGGCUUUCUGAUGUUCACACUUCCUGGACAGCGCUUGCUAUCGACCGAUGAGCAGCGUAAGAUGGGGAUGUACUCCUACGUUGCGGAUCUUCCGAAGGACGCCAAGGACUACUUCCAGAAAGCUAAUAUAGAGGACAUUCCAAGAGUCAAGGACGAGAUAUUCGGAGUCAAGGAUUCCGAUCGGGGGAUGUAUUGGUGCAACUUCGCCAUGGUCCGCGAGGUCCAUCAAAACAAGGGUCUCGCAGCGCGCAUGUUUCAAAUGGCGUUUAAUGAGGCCGCCACAAUGAACGCUACAGUGGGAUUGAUGACCACGAACCAAAUGAACGUUCCCGUGUACGAGAGUAUGGGAUUCGCGCUCCGAGGUCACGAAACCAUGCAGUCACCUUGGACCGAGUAUCGCAUUUGGUGCAUGUCAACAGAGAAGAGGGCUUAG